AGUAAAAACUUGGUGACGUAAGCGCACGCGGGCGACGCGUGCUGCCCCUCGCGCCCCCCGGCUGUGUAUAUUUACGACUCGCGCGUCGCGCCGGCUAUCUUCCAGUCCCGUUCCGAACCUCGUCCUUACAACUUGCAACCCUCGCGAUGUCAAACCACCCCGUAAUCAAUGUCGGUACGCACACCAGCGUAACGUAAACGACUUUUGUAGCCGAGUUUUCACUGUGUUCUGUUCGUUUUCUCAUUUAUUUCUUUCCCCAAUCGACAAUAUGGUAUCGAAUCGUGGCACCCACGUGCUCGUCUGGGAGCAGCCUGGUUUGGAAGAUCAGAGGCCCAAAACCUAUAGUGGCGGCCUGGGAACACGUCACUGGGUGACGUUCAUGCUGUUCCUCGGCAUGGCGAAUGCGUACAUCAUGAGGACCAACAUGUCCGUAGCCAUAGUGGCCAUGGUCAACCAUACCGCGCUUCCAGUGCACAAGGAGGCUAUGGACACCGAGUGCGGAAACGUUGACAACUCUACUCAAGAGGUACUGACACAAGAUGGCUCGUUCGUGUGGUCUUCGACUCUUCAAGGCUACAUCCUGUCGUCCUUUUUCUACGGUUACGUCAUUACGCAAAUUCCUUUCGGAAUUCUGUCGAAAAGAUACGGUGCCCGUCUCUUCCUCGGUAUUGGUAUGUUGAUCAACUCUGUCUUCGGUCUCCUCGUCCCAGUGGCCGCACAGGCUGGUUACGGGUGGCUCAUCCUCGUCAGAUUCAUCCAGGGUCUGGGAGAGGGACCUAUCGUACCAUGCUCCCAUGCGAUGUUAGCGAAAUGGAUUCCACCAAACGAAAGGAGUAGAAUGGGAGCAGCUGUGUAUGCAGGUGCCCAAUUCGGUACAGUAAUCUCAAUGCCACUUUCCGGUCUGCUCUCUGCGUAUGGCUUCUCAGGCGGUUGGCCAUCCAUCUUCUACGUUUUUGGAGUGAUAGGAACAAUCUGGUGUCUGGCUUUCUUGUUCUUCGUGUCUGAGGAUCCUGAGAACUGCCCUAGCAUCAAUGAGACGGAAAAGAAGUACAUCUUGAGCUCGCUAUGGGGCGCCGCCGGUUCCAGUUCCCCUCCAAUUCCAUGGAAAAAGAUCGUCUUAUCGAUGCCCUUCUGGGCGAUAAUGUUGGCGCACAUGGGACAGAACUACGGCUACGAGACGCUGAUGACGGAGCUACCGACCUUCAUGAGACAAGUUCUCCACUUCUCUAUCAAGGAUAACGGUUUUGUAUCUGCGUUACCAUACUUAUGCAUGUGGCUGUUCUCGAUGUUCAUCUCGGUGGUCGCGGACUGGAUGCUGUCCAGUGGACGUUUCAACCACACUCAAGUCAGAAAGAUCAUUAACAGUAUUGGUGAAUACGGACCAGCCAUCGGUUUAUUCAUCGCCGCAAACACAGGCUGCAACCCUGCCGCUACCGUCGCCAUCCUUGCCAUCGGCGUAGGCUUCAACGGUGGAAUUUACUCUGGCUUCAAGGUCAACCACUUGGAUAUUUCGCCACGUUUCGCCGGUAUUCUAAUGGCAUUCACCAACUGCCUCGCCAAUCUCACAGGUCUUCUGGCUCCCAUCGUCGCCGGGUACAUUAUUGAGGGCAGGCCAACCCAAGCUCAAUGGAGGAUAGUAUUCUAUAUCGCGGGUGGUGUGUACAUCUUCUGUGCCACAUUCUACAACAUCUUCGGUUCGGGCCGAAGACAAGAAUGGGACAACCCGGCUGAUGAUGAAGCUAACGCUAAGAAAGCCGCCGCUAAAAAGGCAAACAAGUCAGAAAGGAGAGCCAAUAAUCAGAACACAGCGGAAACCGCUCAAUAGUUCGUUUAAAAGCUCAGAGCAUACAACCUUUUAAAAAAAUGUCUAUGAUUUUAAAGUCCCCCAUACACUAGAUAGAAACAAUGUGAUGUAAUAGAAAGAGAGGGCUUAAUAUUUAAUUAUGUUCUCGUUUUCUUGUACGUUGUUCUAUGUCUGUGUAUUAUUAUAAAAAGGCAGGUUCCUUAGUCUUCUGAUCCAAUAAAAGUUGUAUUCGCUCUGAGCCAUCGUUACGAUAUAAGUUCCAUUGUUUAUGAUUUUUUAAGAGAGACUUUAAGUGUGCAAAAUAGUAUAUUCAUUGCUUAAACUGUUUAAUAAUUAUUAUUUUUGUUUAUUAAUUAAUUUUAUAAAUCGACUUAGAAUGUAAGUGAUCCUGGUAGUUUUGAAAACAAGUCAUGUACACACAUUUCAAUUUGACAAAAUAGAAUUAAAUUUUCGUUUUAUUUUGCUCGGACUUCUAAUAUCUGUUCGACGUAUUUUAGUAUAAAUAUGAAAUACAUGGGAGACGCACAUCAAUAAGGCUGUGAUAAUAUCUUGUGUAGAGAAAGAAACAACAUGGAGUCUAUAUCGUAACAUUGUUGAACUUGCUGUUUAUUUAUUUAUAAUAUAUAUAUUAAGUACCAUACAAGUAUUGUUCAUAAUUUUAUAGAUUGAAAGUAGAUAUAGUAAUGUGUGAAAGCUGAAAAUGACGAUGGGUCCAAGAAUUUUUCAAUGGAAAAUAACGUUACCGUCCCCUCCAGUGAAUUUACAAUCUCGCACUUAUAUGUAUAUAAGUGUUCAGAGCCUUUUACUGUAAUGUUAGAAUUUAAUAAAUCCGGAACAUUGAAGGUUCGCAGUCACUCGAAUAUAUUACAUAAACAUCGAAAUAUUUACAAAAUCACGCCAUUUUCGAAAUUUAUAAAGGUUGUUGGCGUUUCAAAAAAGUUUUGAAUGCCAAAACGGUAAUAUGUUGUGAAUGUCUUUUAAAAUGUUUUAUAUUCGUACGAAGCGAAUAACGUAGCAGAUGUAGUAAGAUGUAUUUUAUUUAUGUAUUUUAGUUUUACGUAUGUACAUGCGACGUCAAACGACGAUGUAUGCCCAGAGCUAAUGUGAUCAUUCUGUUAUUAAUUAAUUGUAAGCUAUUUUAUACCAUAACGCAAAUUUUUAGUCGGUCUACAACUAAAUAGAAAAAAAACUAAAUUUUAUAGAAUUUUUAAAUCUGUAGUCCACACUUGUAGACAAUAAAGUAAAAUUUCCAAAGUCGAAUACAUUGUCCCCAUGUUAAAUAUAUAAAAAACUUCAAUUUCUAAGUUCUAUAAUCUGUGUGCAUGUAUUCUAGUACUAGAUUUUUAUCAGUAAAAAGUUAAAAACUAAUAUUUGUUGAUAUUAUAAAAAUUUAAAUUGUCUAUGACUAUCUUUUAUGAGCCGUUUAUGAUAGACACUUAUAACGUAAUUUGUUUUUAUUUGAAAACUACAUAUUAUGUGAUGUCCUGAUUACCGAUUAUUUCUUAAAAUUUGUAUACUCUAACUUGUGAAGUUUCAGAGAAAUACAAAAAAUUUUAUUCUAUAA